CCUUCAUCGUAAUUAAUGUUGAAUUUAUUCACUUUGCUUCAAGUACGAAGGAAAGUAAAUAUUAAUCUUAUAUCAAAAAAAGGAUAAGAAAGAGGGACAAAAAAAAGGAAAACGCUUUCAAACAGAAAACGAAAAAAAACUAUAUUAGAUUGUAGGCAUGCAAAGCGUGAAUGCAGCAGAAGUGAUCGACCGUGGGAAGAUUGGUUCGGUUAAAGCCAUUAUGGAGGAAGUGUCAGGUCGAUAUUGUCAAGUAGUAAUUUUAGUUUUAUUUUUGUUUGUGGAAGGACAAAUUUUUAAAUAUGGUGAAACUUCGACCCCCAAGAGUCUCCCAGUUGUGAUAAAUACAUGGCCUUUUACAAAUGCAACAGCUGAAGGUAGGAUAUGAAAGAGGCUCAAGCAUACAAUCGACAAGCUUAAUUAUUCGAGCACUAUAAGCUUACUGUAUAACUGAAGCAGUGAUCCACUUAGAAGGUUGGCAGAACUAAAAAGUAAAUCGAAGAUCAAAAAUCAAAUUUGAGUAAUUCAAAGAAUUUUAGCUAUUCUCACAACAUUUCAAGUGUUUAUAGUCAUUAUUUGCCACCACCAAACUCGCCCCCACCUGACUCCCCACCACUGACAGUCAAAUCUCCACCGGUGGCGAUUUGACUCAGGCGUUAUGUUUAUCCUUCCCAUGAAACUUACAUCAAAUGAGAGCAAACUUUUAUUGGUAUAUUUCAAAAUUAGAAGAAUGAACAAAUAUGGCAAAAGGAACUCAAACUUUUUGAGUAUUGUCUCAAUUAUGGAACAUUAACCGUCAAAUGAAAAAAAAAACAUGUUGAUAUCAUGAAUAUUGAUCAGUCUACACAUGGGAAAACCAGGGUGAUUUUCACCAAAUUGCAGAUGUUUAUGAAACUUCAUGAAACUUACAUCAAAUUAAAGCAAAGAUCGAUAUAGUAGUCUAUUGCAUAGUUAGUAGAGGAGACUACUCCUCUACUAACUAUGUCUAUUGCAACAUAAAAAAGUGUAUAUAUAGCCAGGGGGGUGCUCCUUAAUCAAAACGUGUUAAAAGUUUUUAGAAAUCCAGAGAAAGAGACUUCAACAAUAGUGCUUUGUUUCGCAAUGAUAUUGAUCAAAUAGUUUAACAAAUGUAGUAGUUGGCAGAAUAUCCCUGACAUGCUACUUAUUAUUUUAAUAAAUUCAAGGGUUGAUCCAUUUGCCCUUCAGUGACUCCUGACAAAAGCCAAGUUGCUUUCUGCAAAAUUUUGCAUCAUCAAAACCCAUAAAUGAAUAUACUUCAAGAUCUAGGCUUUCAUUAGAUUUGAUAGCAAAUUCAUCAUGUUCAUAAGGAGAAACUUGUGCUAAAGGUCAUAUGUCAACAUUAUUUGAGCUUAAAACAAAGAGAGGACGCCAAGUCUGUUUCUGAAAACUUCAGUGUAUUUGUAGGGGCUUUUAUUGUCACGAUAUACUGCCACUUCCUAGCCUUUAUUUGAUGCAAGUUUCAUGCUAUUUCAUAAGCACUGGUGAAAAUGACAUGGUGAAAAUAAUUGACACACUACACAUAAGUAUGGAGUCCCUUUCCCUUUUUGCAAUAUACUACUACAUCUUAGCUUUCAAUCGACAGACUAUACAUAACACUUGAGUCAAAUUGCCACUGGUGGGGAUUUGACUCGUGGUGAUUUGACUCAUGGUGAUGGCAAGUUUCUUGUGGUGGUGAACUGACCAGAUACCCAUUUCCAAUAAUGCAUGUGUUCACACCACUGACUUGCUUUGGGAACUCAUCAGGCAUACCUAGCAAGAUUUAUUUGGAGGGAGGGGGGGGGGCCAGAAGCUAUCAGUUGCGCAAAAUUUCAAGGAUUUUUUGCCCUUCUACACCAGGAAAAAACAUUUCAUUACAGUCAAACAUCCAUUAGAAUUCAUAUUUAUGGUUGGAAAAGAAAAAUAUAUUUUUUUUAUACAGGCAUGGUUAUAUCUCUGAUAAAUUUUUGACCUGAGAAGAAUGCUCAGUUACCAUAGCUCCUUAAAUAAGCACUUGGGAGGGAGGGGGGGGGUGCUAAUUGGAAGGAGGAAGCUCAAUUGUGCAGCAAUAGGACAAAAAUUAAAAGAACAGAUAACGCAUAUAUAGAACUCAAUGAGCACAUGGAGAUAGAAAUAACUGCAAUAGAGAAGAACAUAUUACCUUGUACUGAUGCGGCUACAGUUGAAGCUUAAGUAGUUAUACAUAAAGUGGCAAAUUAGAGACAUGUUUUUCUUGUAUCCCUACUAUUUAAGUAAGUGAUUGCAGAAGAUAAGCCUGAAAAAAAACCAGGCUUUGAAGAGAUUUGAACCAGUGCCUCCAAGAUACUAGUUGGGAGCUACUACCAACUGAGCUUGGAAGCCUCGUGCUGAGAGCAAGAAAAUUGACAAGUUUCAAUCCAUCCUUCAAAAUACUCUCCUUUCAAACAUCAUGGUAUAGUGGUUGGCUUUAAUCUAAACCACCAAAUGAUGUUUUCUGGCUCUCAAUAUGUUUGCAUUUCUCUCCCCUUGUCUGAAAAUAAUUAGUGAGUUGUAACUUCCCUAAUUAAUCCUUGGACCCUAUACUAAGUGACUAGCCAGGUCCAUAGACAAGUUUUUUCACAUGUAAGGGGGGAGGGCAAAGGCAGGAAUUUUCUACACCAGAGACAAAAGAUUCUUUGGGGUCCAGGAGCAUGAGACUACCUGAGACUGCAUUCUGAAGUCGCUUUUGAAUCGACAGUAUGUGGUAAACAAACUUUCCUAGCCAAGGGGGGUGUGAAUGCACCAUUCCUCCCUACAGCCCUGCUACUGUCUAAUUUCUCCUUACAAUAUCACCCCUGAAUCACACACUAAGGUCACAAGAAUAAAGGAAAUGAUCACCAACCAAAGAAGCUCUUGAUUGUUAAACAAAUUCUCCUUGUUAGAGCCACAGGAAAUGUGGAGAAAACAGCAUAGAAAAUAUGCAUACAAAUGUUAGGGUGUAAAGGGUUAAUUCCUUUCAUGGUGCUCCUUCACUAGAUGAUGUCAGUGUACUAUGCACUCCAAUUUCUGUCAGAUGAAUUGAGAGUUUGCAUAUUUUACAGCUUUGUUUGAAGCAAGAUACAAGGGGAGAAACUGCAAAACAAACUUGCUUUUCAAGAUUUAGAUCUUACUCACACAAUCAAACUUGACUGAAAUGAACUGAAGUUUCAUUGCCAACAAAGAUUGUUGUUUUUGUGAUUCUUCUACUUGAUGCAACUGUGCCAUUCUUUGACAUGUUUUGGAUAUUUCAACCUCUGGCAAUCUGAAAUCAGGAGGCAUUUGAUCUAAGAUGUCUUCCUUCCUAGUAUUCAUGAAGUAUUCCACCAGUCACUUGCAUUCUUCUCUGUCUAUACACAAGCCUCUGGGAGAGUGUCUAUUCUACACGAAAUGCAUGUAGAAAUUGGGAUACUCCAUAAUAGGCCACAAGAAAGUGUUGCAGACCCAUCUUCCUGUCUUGGAUAGAGAAUGCAGUAGCCAAUGCAAUCAAUAUGAAAUACACACAGACUACUAGAAGAAUACUUUUGGAACCAUUUUUUUCAAAAACUGUUAAAAAACAUUUACUGAUUAACACUCAUGUAUUCACAGAAUAUAUUAAAAAUGCAUGUCAAAGAAACAUAUUUUGGUCAUGCAAACACAAGAAAGGAAUCAACCAAAGAAAUAACAUGUAAUAGUGUCAUUUAAUGAAUAUUUUCUUUAUUGUAAUAUGUUGUAUUUUUAUGACUGGGUAUAAUCAUAUGUACACAUUAAUUUACUCAUUUAACUGCUUUUUGUUAUCUGUUCAUCAUUUUUUACAUGUUUAUAAUAAAUUAGGUCUUUGAAAAAAUGCAGCACAUUUUUUAUUUUAGUAAUUGGUCAUCAGAAAUUAUCUCACAUAAUAUGUGUUGAGUUAUCUAUAAACUGGAUAGCAAUUUGAAUGCAAAACUUGCCUUUAUAUUUAUUCAAAUUUUGAAUAGCUUGGCAUGUUAUUUCAAGCGACAAAGGAAGUGCGCUGGAUGCGGUUGAAUCUGGAUGCACAGUGUGUGAAAUGGAGCAAUGUGAUGGCACUGUAGGGUUUGGUGGAAGGUUAGUUCAUAAAAAUAUAGGCUGAUGUUAGUAAUGGACACUGCUAGGUGAGUCUGAAGUUCUGCAAAUGUUUAUGUUUACUCUGACAAUAUGAUUACUCUUAACAAGCCUGAUUUUGACAUUUUGAAUAUUUGUAUCCAUUUUGGGAAGAUAUGAAAUUUAAAGUGAAUAACUAGAUUAAACUUCCAAUUUAAAUUCCAUUAGUCUCACAAAUUUAUCAAGGGUGAUUAAGACUUAAACUGUUAACAUCUCUUUGUAGGCAUUAAAGGUGACAAUGAAGAGAUGAAAAGAUUGAUGUAGGAAUAUGGCCAAAACCACAUUUGUUAACUGAAGAAGAGAUCAUCAGCAACAUACCUUUAGUCUUUUUUUCUGUGUUCUUUCAUAAACAUUUUUUGCACCAUGACUAAUCAAUCACAGUGAGGUCCAUGAAACCCAAGCCACAUUGAGUUUCAUUUGUGAGCCACACCUCAGAUUUUUUGUCCAGCCAGUGUGCCAAAAUUAUGUGUGGCUUUUACUCUACAUUUUUCAUGGUUUACCACAAGAAAAAUGUCUAUAACUGAUAUUUUAUUAUGUUCAUGUUGACAGCCCCAAUGAAGAUGGAGAGACAACAUUAGAUGCCAUGAUUAUGAAUGGGUAAGUUUGCCUUGAAACUUUGAUGGUGUUGAAAUAAAGAUGGGUCCAUGGCCAGAGGAACUCAUAAAUGGGUGGGGUUAAUAACAUUAGCAGUCAAUCUUUGGUUACAUGCAUGUAACUGUGAUUGUGACCCGAGGGAGAGGAGGAACCCUUAAAUUUUUUUGUUAUGCACAAGUGAAAAAAGAAAGGUAUAAGCGUGUCAACUCACACACCAAAUGGGGCCACAUUCAUAGACAGGGCUUUUUAGGACUCUCUUGGUGAUAGAAGAAAGCAAACAGAGUUAGUCGUGACAAAGUUCAAUUUGCCAAAAAACUGAUCAAGGCUGUGAAAAAUUUACCACUAACCAUUAUUUUCCCCACUUUUUGCCAAAGUGGGGCCAUGACAGUAAAAUAGUGUGUGAGUCAUAGAUUCCCCUCAGUCAUUACCAUUUUGUAAACCUAAUCCAAUGCACUGAAAUUAAUAAUCAAUGUAAUUAGUUAUGAUACAUUUUCUCAACUUAUAUGUAUGUUGAUUACAAGGGUUUAUGUAACUCAUGGUUAAGAUAUCUCAUAUUUUAAUGCAGUUUCUUAAUGAGGUAAAAAUUAAUUUCCAUAGUAAGUAAUUAAGGCCAGUAAGUCUGAUAUAUAGUCAGCUUACAGCUCAGACACCAUAUAGGGCUGUAAUGUUAUGUUGUGUUACACCUUGAGGGGUCAAAUGGUUCACUUUUUUCCUUUUUAGUGUUACACAUGAUGUUGGAGCUGUUGGCUGUCUAAAGAGAGUGAAAAGAGCCAUUUCAGUUGCACGCAGUGUCAUGGAACACACCUCAGAGACAUUUUUGGUAGGAGAUGAUGGUAAGAUAACAUUGUGAGCAGCCUUUUCUUCUUAUAUGCUUUUCACCAACUUUUGCUGGUGAUGUGUUAGUUAUAGUCCUGUAUCAAUAGCAACUUUAGGCAGACUACAGAUACAGAUAUUAAAUAAUCCCAUACGGUACUACUCUCUGACUGCUCAUUAGGUGGGAUGAGGUGAAAUUGGUGACUCUUGCAAGAGCUAGCAAAGAGGCUGCUUUGGUGGGUACUCCCCAAUUGUCAAAAUGUUUGGAAUAUUCUGGGAGACAAAGUAGAAUCCAGACCAUUCCUAGAGGUGGAAUGGUGGAGUAAGGAAAUUAUGGCACUGUGAAAUAAUGAGAGGAUAUCUUGAAGUGAUGACAAUGACGAUGUACUGCAUCAAACAAGACAAUCAUUCAUUUAACAUAGAUAUGUUGUGUUUUUUCUAAAAGCUACCCAGUUUGCAGUGCAGAUGGGAUUCACAAAUGAAGACUUGCACACUAACCACUCAUGGUAUGCAAGCUAGAGAGUAAUAACAUGUGAACAAUGCUUCUAACACUCAGUUCUGUAGGCAAAAACAAUGAAAAAUUGUAAUGAAAUGAAUAAAAAAUAAUGAAAUGUAUUUAACGCAAUUAAAAAAAUUGUAAUUGUUAUUGGUAAAAGUAUAAUGAGAAAAUAUAAUUAAGAUGAAGUAUUUUCACAAAUGCUCAUGGUAUUUUUACAUGCAACAGAUUUUUGGAGAGUUAAGCAUUAAUCCUGUGUUUUUUGUGUCGGUCAGUAGUUCAAGCUGCAUUCUAUGGUUUGCAUUUUCUUGAUUAAACUUAUAAUCUUGGGUCCUGUAUUGUUUUGACAACCUAAGGCCAUGUUUUCACACCUAACAAAGAAUCCUGAAAACAUGCUGCUGCCAAAACUUUUUUUUUUUCACAUACCACCUGAACUAAUUUUGUUUUUUACAUAUGCUGGGUAAAUUAGCUCAGGAAAUGCUUCAUAUUAAGAUGUACUCUCUUUUACUUUGGCUGCUCUUUGAUGAGCUGUGGAAUGGGUCAGCUAAAACAACACUGAACUAGAUGAGUGCUACAUCAGCCAAUUUUAUUGUCUACAACCCUAUUUUAUGACUUUCAGGCAGAUGUGGAGAGACUGGGAAAAGAAUAAUUGCCAACCCAACUUUUGGAAGGUAAAGUUGACAUGGUAAAAUAUUUUUCUUUGUUUUAUUUAUUUAUUUCUUUAAUGCAUUUGCAUGUCACUUUGAACCAUGCUGCAGGGGCAACUGGAGAUUUGAAAUAGUGUUGAAAUAGUAUCUUGUAUUCAUAUUAUAUAGGUGGUAUAUUUCUGGAAGAGCUCUAUGUGGCUUCAGUUAAGAUGUGAUUAUAGUCUCUUUUGGAUGUCAGGACUGUAUUGCUUAAUGAGAUGCCUAGUAACUAAAUGCUUAUUGUUCAGAACUGAUUAUCAUUCCUUUGCUAUAAGGACGUGGUUCCUGAUCCUCAUCAGUCAUGUGGUCCUUACAAACCUGUGACAGGGUAAGUUUAUUCUUACCCACCAACGGUGCUUACAGUUUAUUAAUUCAACACACUCAAACUGAAAGAUUCAUUGCUUAACCAGCUUUACUUAACCUUAGCAGGGACCGAACUACUGUUUUUCAAACAGUAUAUGUUGAACUGGAUGACAGUCAUUCAGAACAGUGCUAUGUUCUACGAUAUCCAGACCCUUCAUAUAUAGCUUAGAAUGUUGCUGUAAAGGUGUGAAAAUUCAUGUUCUGUCUGUCAACCACAGUCUCAGAGAGCAAGUAUAGGCUUUAUUGUCUAAGUAUAAUUAAUAAUUGGUUUCCACAGGGAACAGAAAAGUUCAAGGCCGACUUCACAUUCAGACAUUGGGCGGCAAAAUCAUGAUACAAUUGGUGAGGAGAAGAUCCCUAUAUUGAGCCUUUUUUGCACCUGACUUGGGCUGGUAUUGAUGGACUGAUCCUUUUGCUUAUAAAUGACCAAUAAUAUGCAAGUCUGGAAGAUAGUAACUGAAAACUUUUGUGUUUUUCCACUCAAUAUAGAUAACAUAUUUAAUUUUUCAGGUAUGAUUGUAGUGGACAGAGUUGGGAACAUUGCUGCAGGAACGAGUACAAAUGGAGCAAACCACAAGAUUCCCGGGUAAGAGAACAGCUGAGUCAAAGUACUGGUAGUUAGAAGCAUUUUAAUGUGACAGUGUGUAGUUUCAUGUGUUUUUUUCCAGUGCAUUUUUGAAAAAUGUAUUGUCCCUUUCCUUUUUCUUUCUUUUGAUAUUUUUUCUUUGCUAUCGACUCAUUAAACAGACCAACACUGAAGUGAAAAUGGUUGUCCAAGAAAACUGUGGCUGUUUAGUCUGUUCCUGCCUUACUUUACCAGUAAACUCCUUUUUUUUUUAAUUUAUCUAUUUGUUGCACAGGCGUGUGGGAGACUCACCCAUUGCUGGAGCUGGAGCAUACGUUGAUAAUGAGGUAGGCGGUGCUGCUGCGACAGGCGAUGGAGAUAUCAUGAUGCGAUUUCUUCCGAGGUAAAAGGCCACUUUUGCCAGGUUGCAAAUAGAGGUAUUUCAGGUUUAAUGGUUAAAUCCUGGUCAUUAAUGAACCUUUUGUGAAGAGAGGGACUCAUUGACAGUAUGAAAAUAUUGGCACCCAGCUAUUUAUAUUAUUGCUGAUAUUUAAAAUCUAACCAAAUAAAAAAUGAAAGAACUGAUGCAGCCACUGGCCGCUAUUCCUUAUGUUACCAGAACAUACUAAGCAUUGUCCACUAGCUCUUACCAGCCAACAGUUUAUUCCCAACGAAGGAAAUUACGCUUUUUGUCUAAGCUUUAAUAAUUAACAAUUGCACAACUUAACUGAGAGGAUUUUUUUCUUCUUUUAUUUUUGGUGCAGUUUUCAGGCAGUUGAGUUCAUGCGUCAGGGUAAAAGUCCAACGGAAGCAGCAACACUAGCUCUUACACGAAUAGCAAAAUAUUACCCAAAGUAUAGUGGGGGCUUGGUAGUAGUCAACAAGGAUGGCGAGUUUGGUAAGUUCUGCUGUUUUUGAUUGUUAAAUUUGAUUAGCAAAUUUUGAACCAUGAAACCCAUUACCUUUCCUGAGAAUACAUUUCUGAUUGUUUUCCCUGUGUUUUAGGAGCCGCUGCACAUGGUUGGACAUUCUUUAAGUAUUCUGUUUGCAAUCCACAGUUAGGAAAAGUAACUGUUUAUUCAGUUCAGCCUAUCAAUAGUACAUUUGUUUGA